AUGAAAGGCAUCACGGUUACGCUUCCGAUCGACCGCAGCGUUCCCCCGGUCAUUCAACCAUUGCGAAGAUGUCCUAUUCCGCUACUGGACAAGGUCAAAUCAAAAAUUGACGAACUCUUGGAGAUGGACAUUAUCGAGAGAGUGACCCGGCCGACCUCGUGGGUUUCUCCGUUAGUUCCGAUCCUCAAAGAGAACGGCGAGCUUCGGCUUUGCAUUGAUAUGCGACGGGCUAACCAGGCAAUCCAGCGGUUGAAUCACCCAUUGCCGGUAUUGGGAUCACAUGUCGCCGACCAGUGGACGGAUGAAACGGAAGUUUACAUUAGGCGUAUUGUUGCAGUAUCGCUGUCGACGUUCGCAGACUGUGACGAUUGCUGCACUUUCGACGUCGAAACGGAGAUAUUUAUCAGGACCAUUCAGGAAAGCGCGGCCAUUGAUAUUGAAGAGGUGAUUCAAGCCACGAUGUCUGAUAACGAGAUGAGGAAACUCAAGGAGUGUGUACAAUCUGGAAAAUGGGACAACGCAGAAAUGAAGCAGUACGCUUUGUUUCGCACCGAAUACACUGUUGCUAACAAUCUCAUCAUGCGAGGAAAUAAAUUGGUGAUUCCAGCAGGCCUACGACAUCGGAUGUGUCAACUUGCUCACGAGGGCCAUCCCGGGGAGAGCAAGAUGAAAACGCGACUUCGCGAUCGUUGUUGGUGGCCGGGAAUUGAUACGGAUGCGGUUCAAACGUGUAAGUCAUGUGAAGGUUGUAGAUUAGUUCAAGUUCCCGAUGCACCUGAGCCGAUGUCGCGCCGCUCGUUACCUGAGAAGGCUUGGGUCGAUGUAGCUUUGGACUUCCUGGGGCCUAUGCCUGGUGGAGAGUACGUGCUCGUGGUUAUCGACUACUAUAGCAGAUAUACAGAACUGGCGGUUAUGAACAAAAUUACGGCAAGGGAAACGAUCAACCAGCUCAAACGAAUGUUUCGCGUAUGGGGUCCGCCCAGAACUAUCACAUUGGAUAAUGCGAAACAAUUCGUUUCGACGGAGCUCCAUGAGUAUUGUCAACUGAACGGGAUUCACCUUAACCACACCACUCCUUACUGGCCACAGGCCAACGGCGAAGUCGAAAGACAAAAUCGAUCGCUAUUGAAGAGAAUGAAGAUCGCCAAUGCGUUGUACGGAGAGUGGAAGAAUGAGCUCGAUCGAUAUCUGGAAAUGUACAACAACACACCUCACUCCGUGACAGGAAAAAGCCCAAAUGAGCUGCUUCAGAACCGGCGUUUGCGCUCAAAAAUGCCUCAUGUUGAUGAUCUGGCGACCACACCACCGAGUACAGAGUUCCGCGACAAAGAUCACGAGAAAAAGAUCAUGGGAAAAGAGAGGGAAGACGCUAAGCGUAUGGCUAAGCCUAGCAACAUCGAGAUCGGCGAUAACGUUUUAAUGAAAAAUCUUCUCCCAGCAAAUAAGCUAUCAACUAACUUCUUGAAGGAGAAGUUUAUGGUGAUUGGCAGAAACGGAUCAAAUGUCACGAUCGAAUCAGUUGAUUCUGGUCGUACCUACGACAGGAACACAUCGCACUUGAAAAAGGUCGUCGAUGCUCCAUCGAACACUGGCAGCGAGCCGGAGUUGAUUGUGGAGGAUGGUGAGGUUUUGCAGCGAGCUGAUGCUGAAAUAAUCGACGAUCGAGCAGAUCCAGAUCAAAAUGAACCACUUCCGGAAGAAGGAUUAUCUAGGCGAUCGAGCCGAACUCGCCAAAUCCCGCAGAGAUACCGUUGA